CUUGAUUACCAACGCCCUUUUACAGACAGCCCUCUAUCCGUAGCUUGGAGAACUACGCGAGAGAAGCGAUAAGUGAAGGGCUUUUAAACACUCUUUGUUUCUCUCUUUCCUGCUUCCUACACACUUAUCACUUUCAUCUUUACUCUGUCUGGAUUACCGCUCUCUAAACAAAAUGGCUGAUGCGGGUUACACUCCUCUGUAUCCGGUUCCCGAUGGGCUUCCCGACGCCGAGAUCCGGACUUUUAUCACCAACUUUUUCAAGAUUUCCGAUAGACCAGAGUUGAACGAGAAGUGGCUCCAACAGUUUACCGAGGAUGCGCGUGUAGCUAUUGGGCCUGGUAAGGCCAAUGGACAAGAAGAGCUUCGCACAAUGCGCGAGGGAAUGUGGUCCGUCGUGGCAGAGCGAAAGCACACAGUCACCAAAGUGUUCCCGGGGCGGUUCAACAACAACGAAGACAGCAAGGGGGCCGAGCUGAUGCUGCACGGCGACGUGGCGUACAAGACCAAGGACGGCAACUCGAGCACCGUCCCAUGGGCAGGACAUGCGAUUCUAAGAAAGGUGCAGGCUGAGGGCGGAGAGGAGGUGUGGAAGCUGUCAGAGUACCGGGUAUAUCUGCUCAAGUAGAGACUUUGGAGAGAGAGAGAGUUGGAGAGGUACAGCAGCAUGUUACAAUAUACUAGACCACAAACCACCAAUAUAAUUGAUCAGUUUCCAUGUUUGUGUAAAACGAAUAUAAAUAGCAAUUUGCUGCUGGCA